AUGUCUGAAUCUCCAUCGGAGCACUCGAGCAACGGCAGCAUUCUAUCUGAAAGUACUCAACCCUCAUCGAUACGCGAUUCUUCGGAUGGAGGACAGUCUUCCCCGGUUUCUGAAAUCUCUGAAUUGAGCUGCAAAGAGAUUCAAGCCUUGAAGCAGUAUUCACAUUCUGUACAAAACUUCACAUACCAGUUAUUUGAAAACUUUCGCCUGGAGCUGGAAGCCAAAGGGCGUCCAUCACCAUCUGUCAACGUCAAUGACCCAUUGAACUUGGUCAAGCCGAAGAGCGAGAUGGGAAAACGAGAUAACAUUGCCUUCCAUUCCACCGACUUGGUGAUUGAUAAUUCUGAGAUUGUACAUCAAUGCAAUGCCACCGACGCCCAAACCAAUAAUUAUAGUGGUCGCCGAAAGCCAAGCGAUUAUCCUCGACGCAAGAAGCGUCCUGGACCUGACUUUCCGGAAGAUACUGGUCUUUAA